AAGAAGAAGAAGAAGUCGGAGAAGAAGAAGAGGGAUCAUCCUGACAUCCCGAGCCGCCGUAGCGGAACUUUUGGAAGAGCAGCGAUGCCGAAUGAUGUUCGAAAGUCGAAGCCCGUCAAGGCAGCGAAAAAGAAACAAGACUCGGAAUCACCAAAGCGGCCCGCGGGAGACACCCACGGCAGGAAACCCGCUGCCAGCCGUCACGGGAGCCCAGAGAGACCCAAGAAAAUAUGGGACAAAGCAAAUCUUCACCCACACCUAUACCGGUAUUCGGUGUCUAUUACGCCACCCUGGGUACAUCCAGUUACAGCGGCCCAGAGUACCGUUCCUUCCCCGGUUAACCAAACAGCCUUCCUAUAUCCUGGAGCAUCCAGUCGCCCCGUCUCACCAGAUAGAACUGAAGGGUUUCUGCAAGGAAAAAAGCGUGCAGCUGCUCCUCAUGUUACUAGUCCGCAUCGUGCUGCCCCUGCGACAGCUCGUCGAGAAAGUGUCGUACCUCUUACCGAGCUUCCGAAACACACCCACGCGGUGUCGAAGAAACAGGAUGAGGAAGGGGCAAAGCACUGGAUGGCGUUGAGAGAGGUGGCGCAACCAGCGGAAACGGAACUCCCCGCGCACGCACCAGCACAUACGGAAGUCCAACGUAGAGAAGUCGGCGUUGCACAUUUGCGGCACCAUAAUGUGAGUGGUCAAGUGAGCAACCAAGAAGUCGUCUGCGUCGCCACCUUCUUCAUUCUGCAAGCCAUCGGCAUCAUAGUAUUCCUCUACUAUAUAUCCUCAGUGUCGGGCAGUGGAGACCGUACAGAAGAAUUUGAAGGCGGGUCGUACGAUGAUUACAUGGAACCCGUCUACCAAGAAUCCGGCCUUUUCGCAAGUUCCAAAUACCACGUUCUGGCCGCUGCGAACCCCACGAACAGGCCUCUUGUUGACCAUAAGAGACUGACCUAUAAAGCGGACAAUCACACCGUGCUAUGCGUCUUUCAAUCUCGCAGCCAACACCUGAUCCUCAAUGGACGUCAGUACAGCGCAUCAAUCUUUCCUUACGAGUACUGCCAUAUCGUCAUUUACUGCUGUCUCGGAAUGGACUACACGGUAGGCAUAUUUCCACGGCAGGAUGCGAGCUUCUAUGCGUUUCAAGCCAUGGCCAGGACGAACCGUCACGUCAGGAUCAGAGGCGCGGUCAUCGGAGAUGGGGAUCAGGACAAAGGGUACUUUGAGAGACUUUUUGAAAUGUCUCCAGACGGCAAACAGAGCACGCCAAAGUUUCGUAACGACCACUGCAACUUGGGCCAGAGCCAACGGGUUCGAACGCGUCUACGUGUACUUCCCUCCAUCUCUGGAGUUAACCGGCCCUACUUUAACCAUCGUUGCCAAGUUGCUGAAAAAACAGCACAAUAUCAUCUUCGGAAUAGUGUCAGAGCAGAAGUCAAAAGCAGGGUUCGCCUUGUACAACGUGGACUGGAUGACUGCGGAGCUCCAACCAGGGGGUGUCCUGUUGUCGCCUCCGUCAUACAACGCCAGUCAUUUCCAAUGGCACGUUUUAACAUAUUACGAUGGACACAGCAUUGGAUAUAUCCAAAACUUGACUGAAUUAUCCCCGAACAGUCCUGACGGUGUCUGCGUCCUCCUCCCGGGAUGGGUCCUUCACGAAUCAUCUG